AUGAAGCUCAUCGAUGUCCGCACGUACAUGGUGCAAGACUUUCCCUACGGCUCCGUCCCGCCAUAUGCCAUUCUCUCGCACACAUGGGAACAGGACGAAGUGACCUUUUGGGAAAUGCAGAGUCCCGACUCGCUCCCGAAAAAAGAUGGCUUCGCAAAGAUCGCUUUUGCAUGCAAGCAGGCCAUGGAGGAUGACCUGGAGUGGCUCUGGAUCGACACCUGCUGCAUCGACAAGACAAGCAGCGCGGAGCUGUCGGAGGCCAUCAACUCCAUGUACAAGUGGUACAAGAACUCGGAAAUCUGCUACGCGUACCUCGCCGACGUCUCCGACACCGCCGUCGCGGAUCCUUACGGCGAGUUCUGCACCAGCCGGUGGUUCACCAGGGGCUGGACCCUGCAGGAGCUAAUCGCAAGCCCCAACGUCAAGUUCUACAACCGGACCUGGGGUUUCAUCGGCUGGAAGCUCUGCUCCGACCGCCACGCCGCCCUCAAGAUGGACUCGGAGCUUCUCAAUCACGCUCUAAGCCAGGUCACCGGCGUGCCCGAGGACGUCCUUGGCGACGAGUCGCGCUCCGAUGCCUAUAGCGUCGCGCAGAGGUUCAGCUGGGCCUCUAGGAGGCAGUGCACCUUCGAGGAAGACGUCGCCUACUGCCUCAUCGGUCUCUUCGGCGUGAACAUGGCACCGCUGUACGGCGAGGGUCCCAAGGCGUUUGCGCGCCUGCAAGAGGAGAUUCUGAGGGAUCGCGACGAUAACACCCUCUUUGCGUGGACGGUGGAGGAGGAGGACCCUCGCGCGGGCGCCCUCACUGGCAUCUUUGCCCAUUCCCUCUGGAUUUCGCGGCCUGCGCCGACGUGGCGGUCGACCCAGCAGGACCGCAUCGCCAUCCUUCUCGUCAGAAGCAAGUUAAACACUAUCGAAUCGGCAACGAACUCUGUCCGUCGCCUUGCCAUGGCCAACCACUGCCGGAUCCCCUUUCGGAGGGAAUACAUGGCGCCGGCAUACUUUCGCACGUGGUAUAUCCUCCGGUCCGCCUCCGUACCAACCCUUCCGGCCAAGGGCAACCGCGGCGCCCUACGAAUCCGCGGCGUGACUCUCCACCCGGGCAUGGGCAAGGAGAUCCAGUCGGAAGACUGCACCCUCGUGGACCAUGGCGCCUGCGUCAACGGCUCCGUCCUGAGACUGAGUAACCUGCGGCAUUCUCCACCCAGCUCCGACGCCCUCUUCGUCACCCACUUUGGAAGCGUCCCCGACGCCACGUGGGACGGGCAGCAAUACGCCUUUACCGACUACCUCGGCGGGCCGACCGCUUUUCUCGUUGGCAGCUCCAGGCUCAAGAUGCCGUUUUUGAUUUACUUUGCGCUCGUGAGCGAGGCCGAGGCCGUUCUGCACUUGGAGAGCUCGGGCGCGGCGCUCCCGGUCGCUCUCCAAUUCCACGCCCGGCGCAUUCCGCUGAGGGAGGCACCGUUUGACGCCUUUACUUCGGAACCCUUGGUGCACGAGCAGUUUGUCAUCAAGUGCCAGGCCAUUCUGGAGAAUAAUGGUGGCGUGGUGGGGAAGCCUGGUACCUCGGUCACGCUCGAGGUGACCAAGGAGCUUUUCAAGACUUGGAAGAGGAGGGCCAGGUAG